UUAUGCUGCACAAAAUAUAAGGAAGCGGCAGAUGUUUGCAUACAUCUCUAGUGGCCAGCGUUUCGUAAGCAACUUCCAUUGAUUCUCGUUCUUCUCGAACGCCCAUUAUCUGUUAUAAUAGGUUAUAUCAUGGUUUCAAGAGCACUCGGGUCAUAGGACAACGAGACGUCACUCUUCGCACAACACUGAGCAGCGCUUCGAACUGUCAACUCAGUUUGCACUGAAAGGAUGUGGCUUCCUCUGCUGAGUUUUACUGCCCUGCCUCACGUGGGUGGGAUAUUUGGAGGUUUGAUCACAAGGAAGGAGGUGAAGACCUGGUACACUACGCUCAACAAGCCUUCAUGGAGGCCACCUAAUGCUGCUUUUCCAGUGGUGUGGACCACCCUCUACACUGGCAUGGGCUAUGGUUCAUACCUUGUGUGGAAAGAACUUGGAGGCUUCACACAGGAUGCACUGUUGCCACUGGGACUCUAUGGGUUGCAGCUGGCACUUAACUGGGCCUGGACUCCCAUCUUCUUUGGAGCACACAAGAUUAAACUGGCAAUGAUAGAGCUAGUGAUGCUCACUGGCACAGUGGCAGCCACCAUGGUUACUUGGUAUCCCAUCAGCCGCACUGCAACACUGCUCAUGAUGCCAUACUUUGCCUGGCUCUGCCUUGCUACCAGCCUCAACUACUGCAUCUGGAGAGACAAUCCAGAUCCAAAAAAAGAGUAAAGAGGCCAAUGAAACCAAACACUAUUCUAAUAACUAAAACAGCAGACCAGUUGUUCUUUAAUCCACAAUGAAAAAUGUAAUUAUUCUUUCACAUUGGCUAAUUUAGCUGUUACUGAUUAGUAAUUUAAUUAAGAAUGUAUUUUUACAAUUUCUUUCUUCAGUUAAUUUUGACUCUUGAACUUCUGUAAAAGUGAAAACACAUUCCAUCUUUUCACUUAAGUUAGCAUUUUACACCAAAUGUCUUUCAAGAUCAGAUUUUUGUUUACAAGCCUCCAAAGUAAAAAUGUUUUGUUUCUUUCUUUUUUGCUGUCU